UGUUUUUUACUGGAGCUAUGCUUUAUUGAUUCCUGGUAGCUUUGUGAGCAUCGUCUGGACUUUAAUGAGAUUCCAGCCGGUCUGGGACGCACAUGAUCUCUGCGGACGAUGCUGAAUACCCUCGAGAGUACCGCACUCUCGGUAACGGGACAAGGCGUUUUUCUAAUGUGGGCUUGGUGCACACUUCAGAGCGCCGGCACACUGUGAUUGCUGCCCAGAGCCUGGAGGCACUCACCAAUCUCCAGAAGUCUGAUAUGGAAAGGAAGAGAGACGCCUUCAUGGAUCACCUAAAGAACAAAUACCCUCAACAUGCUUUGGCCAUUCGUGGUCAACAGGAGAGAAUUCGAGAUCAGCAACCAAACUACUGGAGCUUUAAGACUAGGAGCUCACGUCACUCCCAAAGCUCCCAGCCCGGCCUUGCAGAUCAAGCAUCCAAAUUGUCCUUUGCUUCAGCUGAAUCCCUGGAGACCAUGUCUGAAGCCGAGCUGCCACUUGGUUUUAACAGGAUGAACCGUUUCAGGCAAAGCCUGCCUUUGUCUCGAUCCACCAGCCAAACCAAACUACGUUCACCAGGUGUCUUGUUCCUUCAGUAUGGCGAUGAGACAAGACGGGUGCACAUCACUCAUGAAAUCACCAGCAUGGACACAUUACAUGCUCUUAUAGUGCACAUGUUCCAGCAGAAACUCACCAUGGGAAUGUUGAAAUCUCAUAACACGGCUAUACUAAUCAAAGACGAGUCCCGGAAUGUCUUCUAUGAAUUGGAAGAUGUCAGAGACAUUCAGGACAGAAGUAUUAUAAAGAUCUACCGGAAGGAGCCCAUUUACUCCUCGUUUCCUGCUCCUCACAUCACCAACGGGGACGUGAGACGUGAGAUGAUGUAUGGGUCCAGAGAUUCUUCCCCUACUCAACGCAUCAAUAGUAUGUCUCCUGCUCCUCAUAUGGCCUCGGGAUCCCCUCCUCCAGUACUUCAGUCCUCCUCCCCAGCACGCUCUCGCAUGUCUUACAGUGGUGGGCGACCACCUUCUUAUGCUGGAAGUCCCGUGCAUCAUGGGGACAGAAUGUCUGGUCUUCCUCCAGCCCAAGGAGUCUCUCCUAGUCCUAGUGCUAUCUUGGAGAGACGGGAUGUGAAGCCUGAUGAAGAUUUGACCAACAAGAAUGUGGUGCUGGUGAAGAAUGAAGGACUUUAUUCAGAUCCUUAUGGAAUGGUCCAUGAAGGAAGACUUAGCAUUACAUCCACUCAGUCCCUAGCUGGACUUGGGGACCCUUUCUCGUACCCUGGGGGGCUAUACAAGCGUGGAUCAGUGCGUUCUCUGAGCACAUAUUCUGCAGCUGCUCUACAGUCCGAUCUAGAAGAUGGAAUGUACAAACCUAAUUCUCAAAUAUAUGGAGACACAUAUGGUCCUGGAAUGGGUUUUCGUAUCCCACCGUCCUCACCUCAGAAAGUGUCAGAUGGAAGGAUGGUGGAUGUUAACCAGAGUCAGGGUCCCCAUAGCCCUUAUUCUGGACCUUCCAGCCGCUCCUCCCCCGUUCGCCAGACAUUCCGCAAAGAUUCUUCGUCUUCAGUUUUUAUGGACAGCCCUGUUGGUAAGCAAAGGAAUCCCAGCUCUUCCUCUGGCACCAAUGAAAUAUUCCCUGGGCCAGGUGAACGUCCUCUGUCUGGUUUCAGCUCUCCAGUGCCCACCAAAGAGGUGGAGACAAGAGAACGGAUGGAAGCAAUGGAGAAACAGAUUGCUAGCUUGACGGGACUGGUCCAGUGUGCUCUCAUGCAAAGUUCCCACAGUGAAAAUCCCAGUGAGAAGACAGACUCAACAAACAGUGGAUCAACAACUGCCGGACCUCAAAAUGCUGGUACCCCAUUGUCCAGUUCUACUCCAGGAUUUACUUCAACCCCAGCUGACCAGAGUAAAGCAAUCAGCCGCCUGCAAAUGCAGCUUCAUCUUCAUGACCUGCAACAUAAUGCCAGCGAACUAAGGAAUCAGCUGCAGCAGCUGAAAAAAAUGCAGCUGCAGAACCAGGAGACCAUGCGUAGUAUGUUGAAACGCACAGAGACUGAGAUCAGUGUGAGGGUUACAGACACCGUGCGCAAACAAGAAGACCCACUACAACGGCAAAGAGCUAUGGUGGAGGAAGAGAGGCUGAAGUACCUGAACGAGGAAGAGCUGAUAACCCAGCAGCUCAAUGAUUUGGAGAAAUCAGUGGAAAAGAUUAAGAAAGAUCUUGCGCACAACCACCGCCUGAUAUCAGUACAGGAACUGGAGGAGAAGGCUGUAGUGCUUAAACAACUUGGAGAGACCCUAACAGAGCUGAAGGCUCAGUUUCCCAGCUUGCAAAGUAAAAUGCGAAUAGUUUUGCGUGUGGAGGUGGAAGCAGUGAAGUUCCUGAAGGAGGAGCCACAUCGCUUGGAUGGGCUUCUGAAGAGAUGCAAGAUGGUCACAGACACACUGGCUCAGAUACGCAAGCAAGUAGAUGAAGGUGUUUGGAACACUCCAGAGAACCUUCAUAAUCCCUCUCCCAAGCAAAUGGCAACUGAUGGAGAGUUUUCUAAAAACACAGAUUUUGAGCUUCCCUGUAGCCCCCCAACAAACUUUGCACAGCUUAAUGAGUCUCAGAUACCCAACUGGGAACCUAUCUGUCAUACUGAUGCUGCCUCUCGUACUAGUACCCCAACCCGAGGGGAGAUGGUGACCGUGAAGACUCAGACACUCCCAGAGACACAGAACAAGAAAGUGGGAGCAGAGAAAUCGGUUUCGGUUGAGGCAGCUGAGCGAGACUGGGAGGAAAAACGUGCUGCACUGACACAGUACAGUGCCAAAGACAUUAACCGCCUACUGGAAGAGACCCAGGCUGAGCUCAUGAAGGCUAUUCCAGACCUGGACUUUGCAGCCAAGCACAAACCUACUGGAAGUGCAGCAUCUACCCCAGAGCACCGAGCCAGCAAACCACAGCCAGCACAAAAACUUAGCACCAAAUUAGAUCCCAAUGGGAGAAGAGGCUCUGAUGAACUGACAGUCCCUAGAUACAGGACUGAAAAGCCAUCCAAGUCCCCUCCUCCCCCUCCACCCCGUCGCAGCUUUCCAUCCUCACAUGGGAUUACCACAACUCGAACUGGGGAGGUCAUCCUCACCAGCAAGAAGGAUUCCACUUUUAUCAAGAAGUCUGACUCUGAGGAACUGGAAAGCCAGAAACCUCAGGUGAAACUUCGUCGAACUGUGUCUGAAGUAGUUCGCCCAGCAUCCACCCCCCCAAUCAUUGCCUCCGGCAUCAAAGAUGAUGAUGAUGAAGAUCGGAUUAUUGCAGAGCUAGAGAGUGGGGGUAUGUCAAUUCCACCAAUGAAGAUGGUAAAUCCAGUAGGUUCACGGCUAAAGAGCAUUCAGCAAAGCGGUGGAGACAAGAGCAACAAACACUCCAAACAAAGGAUGGAAUACAUGAGGAUCCAGGGCCACCAGCAGGCAGCUAGAUCAUCUAAAGAGGCUGGUAGUAUGAAUGAGAAUAACCCUGGAUCGGAUAAAAAUGCACCUUCUCGAACCUCUAUCCCCGUACUGACUUCCUUUGGUUCAAGGAACUCCUCUAUUUCCUUCUAA